CUACCAGAAUCUCAUCCUCUGAAGCCAUCACCAGUGUGUGGAGCCUGCCCCACACCCAUCACCUACCAAACCACGGCCUUUACCUGUGUCUUCCGCUGUUUCCCGUGCGACCCUUCUUGUGGGAGCGCCUCCUGGGCUACCCCAGAGUUUACGCAGCAUUCAGUGGCUCCAAUGGUGAAGAUGACGAGGUCCAAGACUUUCCAGGCAUAUCUGCCUUCAUGCCACAGAACCUACAGCUGCAUUCACUGCAGGGCUCAUCUUGCCAAUCACGAUGAACUCAUUUCCAAGUCCUUUCAAGGAAGCCAAGGGCGAGCAUACCUCUUCAAUUCAGUAGUUAAUGUGGGUUGCGGCCCCGCAGAGGAGCGGGUGUUACUAACAGGAUUACACGCAGUUGCAGACAUCUAUUGUGAAAACUGCAAAACCACACUGGGCUGGAAAUAUGAACAUGCUUUUGAGAGCAGCCAGAAGUAUAAAGAAGGCAAAUACAUCAUCGAACUAGCUCACAUGAUCAAGGAUAAUGGCUGGGAUUGAAUGGGAAGAGCCCAGCCAAACCAGCGUGUAAGAGAAUGCCAUCCAACAGAACAUUAUAUCCAAGAGUGAGAGAGUGACCGAACGCUUGGUUCCAUGCAUUUAGAGGCUCUGCCAUUUGGGAGCAUCUUCACACCCUUCUCCAUCUUUAUUGGUGACUGGCCUCUAAAUUUCUGUCUCUCCGUCUCUUUGCUUUUUAUCUGUUUGUGAAUUGACCCUGGCUGCUUCUCUCUAUGUUCUGGCGUUGGCUAAGAGAAUGCACCAAAUGCCUGACAGCAUUCCAUGUUUAUGAAUGUCAAAGUACAAACUGAAGUUGGCUCUUCGUUGGCAUUUUAUCAGAGGGUCUCAGUGUGGGAGGGAGACCAGAGUUUUGGGCAGGAGGAGAGAAGAAGGGGACGGGGGCAGGAGGGGAAGUAAGCAGGAACGAAACUGCUUUUCCUUUAAGUCCUGGUAACCAAGGCUUGAAACUAUGGACAGAAAUAUACCUCAUGACUGCGUUCUCUCUGAAUCUCGAACCUGCUGUUCCAGAAGCAGAGCUCCAGAUUAAGCUGGCUGAGCACAAGUCGUAACCAAAAGCCCCUUGCUAGCUAAUUCCUGAAACUGAUGUGCAAUUCCAUCUUUUGAUAGGUUGUUUCAUACUAUUCACACGGUCGCCUUUUGUGAACUUCUUGUUGUAGAGCUUGAUGGCUAUAGAGAUUCCCCAAGCUCUCUCCUUCUGCUUCUCCCUCCUCCUGUUUCAUAGCGGAUGGGCAAACCGUCCCAUCAGAGCAUGGCUACGACCUCAGCACUGCUGGGGAAACAAAAUUCUGAUCCUGGGCAACUGAGAGAGGAGGAGUCAAAUCAUGUAAUGUAGUGGGGCUGGUGCUGCAGUUUAGAAGAUAUGACAGACAUGCAAGAACACGGGCAUGUGCUAGGAAAAUAUGUAGGGGGAGAGGGCUGUAGGCAAACUCAGAAACAUAUGAUGCCAUCUUAAUUUUCCAAUCCUUACUAUGUGCCGUUAGGGCGAAUCUGUUUACCAUUGGCAAUGUUAUAGCUUGGGAUCCAGGCAUCCUAAUAUGUAAUGGUAAAAUGGCUUUAAUAGGAUCUCUAAAACUUCAGACUCCAGCCAUCAUCUCCACUCUUUGAAUCCAUCAGAGAUGUGAUGGAACAGUUAGUGGCUCUGGUGGCUGUUAAUAUCAUGUUUCACAGGUGGCUAUUUCAAGCCCUGAUGUAUCCCUCCCAACCUCGACUCCUGGUGUUUUAAAAAACCUGUUUCAUACUCUGGAAGACUGAAACUUAGCAUCCCCCAAAUGGGGUAGCCUCGGAGUUGUAGGGGGAGAAGAGGUUUCGACAUCUAACUGCAGCGGACAAGUCCUACUUUAAUUUUUGUAAAUUAAUUUUUAUGGACCAUCUUUAUGUUGUUGGUGUGGGAGAGGGGGAGAAUGUGUAUAAAAGAAGAUAGUGUACACAUAAAUGACAAUGCAAAGCUUCCUCUACAACAGUCCAGUCAGUAUCUGGUGCAGAACACAAGACUAUUUAACUGAAUUAGUAUUAUCCAUCGAGUGAAUUCUUUUUGUUUGUGGAAUUCUUUCGAAGUAGGUUAAUUCUCUGGGGGAAAUCCCUCUCAAUCCAGGGAGUGAAAAAUAAUGUGCAGGGAUUCAUAGCUCCUUAUGAAAUUGAACCUUCUGAUGAUUAGAACCUAAUGCCGCCUUUUUUUCCAAUAUUCAGGUUAGCAGAGUUGAGAGGAUUUCAAAAUCACAUUUGCUGUUCUUGGACAAGCAUCCUGUUGGGUAAACAGAUUUGAAAUGCAGAGCUCAGCUAAGUAGUAAGAGCUUUCCUUGCCAGAUGAGAGACCUGAGAAAUGGAACGUUCAGAAACAAAAAUGUUACGCAUUGAUUUGGAAGAAUCCUGUUUUGAAAGAACAAACAGGAAGGGAAAAUAAAAUCACACUUAAUAUAAAAACAAAAAAAUUGACAUUUAAAUGCAAGCAGAAUGAUGUUGUGUAAGGUACAAUCACAAAUAAGCUAUUCUCGUAGUUACAAACUGUACACAUCCUUUGUUUUGUUUUUCAUGAAGAAAUGGGAAUGCUUUCCCACUGACAAAAUGAAGAGACAAUAUUUCCAAUACCAGCCUGUCUAUUGAUGCUCUUGUGUUUACAAACUGUGUAUACUUUUAUUUCUUUGUUUUGAUUUAACUAUAUUUUUGGCAUAUUCUUUCAGGUCAUAUUGCUUCGGUAAUAAAUGCAAUUGUUUGUUUUUAGAUAAUUUGUCUUCACCUCUUUGUGUCUUUGUACAUUGUACAUAGUUCUUCAGUAUUAGAGGGAAGCAUACUGUUUGUCAGAUUUACAAUAUGUGUUGGUGCUCAUUUGAGAAA